AGAACUCUCGGGGGAGGCUCUGUAUGCUAACGAAAGUCCGUCAACAAGCUAGUUAGCGACGAGCGAUAUGACUUAGAACCAGUGAAGCCUCGCUGGCAUUACAACAUGGACAUGAAGUGAGAACAAAAGGCUUUUACGCGACCGUUAGUCAGCGGCUCGGGACUCACUGGCUCAUUCAUGCGGUCUCUUGUGUUCCGGGGAGUUGUUUGAGCUCGGAGUGGCGGCCGUCGGGCAGUCGUUACGGCUCGCAAGGACAACACGGAACACUCACCGGUACGGUUGUUUUGCUCGUAGCAUAUGCUAGCCCUGUUAACGUCAACCAGCGUAUGAGCUAGUUGUUACUCUGUUACUUCGCUGCAGCAAUGAUGGCGCAUUAUAUAGCAUUUUUUGUUCCGCGUUGUGUCUCGAAAAUAUGAACCAGUAGAAGGAGUUGCUGAGUAUGAACGGCUUGUUCCACAUGGCUCGUUUGAAGAGCGUUCGACAUCCAUGUAUGUUCUGAUAAAUUUGUUGUAUGUGAAACCGACAAGAGAGGAGUCAAAAGGAGGAUGGUGGUUCCCGAAAGCGCCAGCCCGGUACACCAGCCUGAUGAUGGUAGUCCCCCUGGCCUCACGGAGUGCUCCAAUCUUGGGUGCGAGGGGCAAGUGGAGGGAACUCAAGACUUUGCGGAUGUGGAGCUGGAGGAGGUUCGAAAGUUGCAAGAACUAGUUCAUAGACUGGAGGUCCAGAAUGAGACGCUGCGCAACAGGGGAAGCAAGAACAUCAUCAACCGAGGAGCUAGCAGCGAGAGCAAUAUCAAAGAGAGUUUCAAUUGUGCAGAGGGGAACAGAGACUUGGAGCUGUCACCCCCGCUGGAAAGCUUCAGCAGCGGCGACGACAUGUCCCCAUUACCAGGUGCCAACAGGCUGGAGGACGAAGAGAAUGAAGAUGCUGCUGAGGGUGUCGGCUCAUGCAGCGGCUUCCUCACGCUGACCUGUAGCGGUGGGUCAGGCCAAAGCCAGACGCCAGACAGCCCCUCGCAAGAGAGCUAUGAGAGCGAGACUUUGGCAGAAAGCGAUCCACGAAUGGAGCAAUCGGCUUUGGAUGAGGUGGACGUUUUCGAUCUGGACGAGGAGUGGGCCCAAGUUGAAGAUGAGGACAGUUGGUUAUAUGUGUUGCCGAAAAAACAAGUAUCGGACGCAGGUUCCGAGUCGCCCUUGAAGUGGUGUCGGCAAGUUUUGGACCACCCCAGUCCAGAGACGGAGAAGGCAUGCCGAACCCUAAUCAACCGUUUGGACCAGACAUCCCGCUGGAGGAACAUGUACAGCAGCCCGUCGGCAGAGGCAGGCCCGGCAGGCUCAGGCCCGAUUUCUCCUGGGUACCACAAAUCAACUAACAAAUCUCUACUAACCUGUGGCAGCUCAGGUGUCUCGGGUGUGCCCUCGGCCCUGAGCUCUCAGUCUUCCAUAGACAGCGAGCUCAGUACUUCAGAUGACUCCAUCUCCAUGGGUUAUAAACUGCAGGAUCUCACUGAUGUCCAGAUCAUGGCUCGUCUACAAGAAGAGAGUCUGAGGCAGGAUUACGCUUCCAGUUCAGCGUCUGCAUCGCGUCGCAGCUCGACAACGUCCCUUCAAUCCCUUCGCCGGGGCGGCACCUACAGCGACCAGGAAUUUGACAACUACAGCCUGGACGACGAAGACGAUGAAUUCAGUCCUAUGCCCCAGCAACGCCACCGCUUCACCCCCUCGCCCUUGGGCUCACCUCGAUGUUUGUCGCCCUCAACUUCCAACCACGGUCAGGAACACAGCAGCAGACUCGGGGCCCCUCGCACAAGAACCCCCAGACGUUCUCUUCAAGGCCCCAGUGCAGAGCUUCUUAAGUUUGCCAAGAGUGAGGAAGAGUUGAGGCACAGCAUGCCUAACCUGGCCCCACGCACCAGCCUACGUUCCCUGGAGGCAGUCAGAAACAGCCGCAGCAUGGAGGCUAACCUCCAGAGCUCUGGCAACCGCAUGUCGCACCUGACUCCCUCCCCCUCCUCAGGUAUGGCAGGUAGUCGCCUGCGCAGCAAUGGCCAGUCUCCACUUUCUCUGCGGGCUCCAGUUAAAGCUGUCACCCCCGUGGGAUCAAUGGCAUCCCGUCAACCUUCCAGAGGUCUGCCUGUGAUCCAAGCACCACCUGCUUCGGGGGCUCGCCGGGCUCAGCAAGCUGGCUCUGCUAAUGGCGGAUCCUACAUACCAGGCAGAGGGUCCGCUGGCGCCGGGCGGACCCCUAUUGGCCGAGGACACUCUGUGCCCACCAGAAGUAAACUAUCACAGCCGACCAGAAGGUCGUUGGGCAUGGCGAAAAUCUCCGAUGAAUCCUGGAAAGAUGGCUGCUACUGAAUUCUGAUACCCGACAAAGGUGUUUCCUGCUGCAAUCUUUGCUUGACCUUUUCUCAGUGACACCUUACCAAAAAAAAAAACCUGUAGACUGGAUGUCGUCAAGACUUGUCUCUUUAUCCCGCAUGAAGCAUUGACAACAAUACCCGGCAUGGCUCGGUUGGCAAAUAAAAAGGGCACACUCCUACAAAUGUUAUAUGGACAAUCUCAAGAGCUUCCAGAUUUGUUCGGGUCCAUUUUACUUAUUUUUCUAUGGUAAUUGUGAGAAACUGCUGUAAUUUCCAUUAAUUGUAAUUGCUUUUGAUGUUAUUGAUAUGAAGGAAAAAAAAAAAAAAAAGGAAGUUCAUUUUCUGUGUGAAUUCAUGCUAGAUGUUGGCACUAUUGUAACGCAUGCCUGGUAAUUUUUUUGUGUGUUUCCAUUCUAAUUGGUUAUGUAACUGUUCUCUGACAAUUUUGUCUGUUCUGUGUCGCACAAUCUGAACAUUUCUGAAUGCUGGCAUUGUUCACGUUGAGAUUAUCAUCAGAUUUCUGUUUACAUUGUAAACUGCAGCACUAUCACACUGCCCUCAUUGAUAUUUAAAAUUAUAUAUAUAUAUACAUAUACAGUUUGUGCCAAGAUGCAUUUGAGCUGCAACAACUUUUCUAAAUCUCCGACCAUCAAGACUACCAUUACUUAAAUGCAUUUCUAUUGCAUAUCCAUUAAUGUAUUGGGAUGUGUAGUGUUUUGGAAGCUACUGAAAUUAAAAUUGUUUAUGCAAUACAGGCCUCCUUGCCUAAGGACAGCCUUCACUCUAAUGUAGAGAACUUUUGAAAAUAAACUAGAAUAAAAAUGUAUAAUAAAGCUUGGUCUAAAACGCAA